AUGGAUAUCGAGACUAAGAAUACUGUCACCAACAACACCGGUGAUGCUGCCAGUGUUGCAGAUCAAGACAAGAAUCAUGAUACCCCACAAUGGCAGGGUCUCCGGAGGGUUCCGGACAAGCUGCCAAUGAUUGCACUCCUGAUCCUUGUUGUCGAGCUUGGGGAAAGAUUUACCUACUUUGGACUGUCCGGCCCGCUGCAAAACUACAUCAACAACCCAUAUGAUCCAGAAUCCGACCUCCCAGGUGCUCUUGGCAAGGGACAGGCUGUGGCUACCGCCCUGGGGAACUUUUUCAAGUUCUGGGCGUAUGCAUCCACCGUCAUUGGAGCUAUCAUCGCUGACCAAUAUCUCGGCAAGUACAAGGCUAUCCUGUGUGCAUGCGGUGUCUAUAUCGGAGGCCUCAUUAUUCUCGUCUCAACAUCAACCCCUGCAGCCUUCACGAAUGGCGCUGGCCUUGGUGGAUUAAUCGCCGCCAUGGUCACUAUUGGCCUUGGUACCGGAGGCAUCAAGGCCAAUGUUACUCCUCUCUGCGCGGAGCAGUAUACCAAUUCCCACCCCGUAUUGAAGACGCUCAAGUCUGGAGAGGAAGUGAUUGUUGACCCUGAACUCACCGUUCAGAGACUUUUUAUGUGGUUCUACUGGGUCGUCAAUAUCGGGGCUCUAUCCCCAUUGAUCACAGUCAACGUCGAGGCGCACCACUCAUUUUGGCUGGCAUACUUGAUCCCACUCAUUGCCAUCAUCCUCUCUGUCGGCGUGUUCCUCCUCGGACGCAAUAAAUACGUCAAAGUCCCGCCCAUGGGAUCGGCAAUCCUCGAUGCUUGCCGAACAACUAGCGUUGCCAUUAAGGAGCGCGGUUUCGAUAACGCGCGGCCAUCCGUGCUGCGAGAACGGGGUCAUGAUGAAAGGUAUCCCAUCGCCAGCCAGGAAAGAUAUACGGACGCGUACGUUGGCGAUGUCCAGCGAGGGCUGAAAAGCUGCAAGAUGUUCCUGUUUUUCCCUUUUUAUUUCAUCUGCUGGAACCAGAUGUGGAACAAUCUCAUCUCCCAGGCGGGACAGAUGGCUCUCCAUGGGACCCCAAACGAUCUCCUGCAGAAUCUGGACCCAAUCGCUCUAUGCCUUUUUAUCCCCUUGCUGGAUCUCAUUGUGUAUCCUUUUCUCCGAAAGCAUAAGAUCGAUUUCGACCCUGUGACUAGAAUCUUCAUGGGCUUCAUGUUUGCGUCCAUCUCCAUGAUCUACGCAUGCGUACUUCAGUAUUACAUUUACAAAUCCCCUCCGAGCAGCAUUCAUGUUUGGAUCCAAGCACCCAGCUACAUUCUCGUGGCGUUUUCAGAGGCCUUUGUCAUCAUCACCGGAUUGGAGUUGGCAUUCACACAGGCGCCUAAGAAUCUCCGAUCGGUGAUUUCAGCUCUGUUUUGGCUGACGAUUGCUGUCGCCGCUGCAAUCUGCAUUGCUCUUGGUCCCGUCUCACAAGAUCCGUACUUGGUGUGGAUGUAUGGAGCGGUAGGAGUGUCAGGAUUUAUUGCUGGAUGUGCAUUUUAUGCCUGCUUCUUUCGAGGGCGGAAAAGAUGGUCUUCGAGUGAGGAGGUUGUCAUCGAAGGACAGUAUUGA